ACUGACUCCUAUCACAUGACUUCCCUGCAACUCUGCACAAUACUGACAAAAUUUUAUUAAAUAAAGCAAACAAGAGAAAACCACAGUCUCUGUUUUCCUCUGCCACUCACACCCACCAUUCCUCUCUAUUUUGCAAUUGCAUCCUCCAUUAACACUUUCCUUCUCUUCCCUUUUUCUCCCAAAAAUAUCAACUCCUUUUCUCACUCACUCUCCACAUCUAAAAAGGCAAAUCAAACCACACUCACACUCACUUUGGUUAUACUGGCUCUCCCAACUAUGGAAGCUUUUAGUUUGCUCAAAUACUGGCGAGGUGGUGGUGGUGCUGGGCCUGGAUUACUUCUCACACCAUCCUCUUCCUCUGACACCACCACCACUAUUUCCACCACCGCCGCCGCCGUAGCUCAAACUGAUAACACAACCGACAGCAGCAGCACCAGCGACGAUGACGACGACGGCGGCGAUGACGGUCCUUUCUUCGACUUAGAGUUCACUGUUCCCGAUGAAUCAGAAGACGGUCAACAAAACCCAAAUCACACCCACCCAGAAGAAGAAGAAGAAUGUGAUGAAGGUGAGGGAGAGGGAGAGUUCAAGUUCACGCUGUCACCUUCAAGCAACGACCGUGCCGCUUCGGUUUCUCCUUCUGACGAUUUGUUCUUCAAGGGGAAGAUAGUAGAGGUGGACCCUUCUUCUUCCACCGAAUCCACCGCUAACAAACCUCAGUUCACCGCUUCAUUGUUGAAAUCCGCCACCAAACUUCGCGUCUUCAUGUCGGGUCUCAAGAAACCAAAACCUGAUUCCUCUGCUCCGAACCCGGAACCAACCAAGAAGAACCACCACCACCAGCAUCAGCAGAGGGUGAAAUUCAAAGUGGAGGAAGUUCCAAUCGUGUCUCUGUUCACCAGAGACCACAGCUCCAGAGUCAACAAACCGCAACCACAGAACGAAACAGAGGAGUCAUCACCACCUUCGGUUUCAGAGGAGAAGCGUUUCUCCAAGGAGGUAGUGAUGCACAAGUAUUUGAAAAUGGUGAAGCCUCUGUACGUUCGGGUUUCUCGUAGGUACGGGGAGAAACUAGCGGCGGAGGGAGGGGAACGUAUUGCGGAAACUGUUGUCGGCAAGGGUCAAAAACAGGGGAAUCUCCCAGCGAGGCUUCGGGUUGUGUGCAAGCAUUUGGGGAAGAGCCGUUCGGCCUCUUCGGCGGUGGCAGCUUCUCCGCCGGCGGCGGCGGCUGAAUCUUCGAAGCGGCGUGAUGACUCGCUGUUGCAGCAACAAGAUGCGAUUCAAGGGGCCAUUUUACACUGCAAGAGAUCUUUCAAUGCCUCCAGAGGUUGUGAAUCUUCUCAGUUGCCACGUUCUGUGAGUGACCCGUUGCAUGAUGUAUCCAGUGAAUUAUCAAGGAAGUCUACUACUGAAGGCAAAGACAAGAGAUUGCCUUUGAAGAAUGAAGAAAAAUGAGUUGAGGGGUAGUUUGUGUGAAAAGGGUAAAUGUUAGUAUUUGAAAACUAGCAGGAUCUGUAGUAGUAGUACUAGAAGGGUAAAAAAUGUAAGAGAAGGUAGAGUUUGAGAUGAAAGAAGGAAGCUACUUGCGACCUUGCUCAUUAGGAUGAUCAAUGCCUCUUUUUCAUAGUACUGUUAACUGUAAAAGCUCUUCUCUCCGAUAAAGAGAAAGAAAAAGCAGAUAUUUUCUGUGUAAUUUUGUGUAUAUCUAUGUAGGAGUAGCUAGUAAGCUGCAUUCUAAUCCAGUAAUCCAUAAUACUGAGUAGAAAGGAAUAUUGCUAUGGAAGGAAGCAUUACAUUCAUUAA